UAAAACCAGAAUAAAAAGUUAAUUUCAUUGUCUUAGUUUUAUAUAUUUCGUGUUUCCAUUAAAAAAAAAAAAAAAAAAAAAAAAAGUGAAUUCUUUUUCAUUUGUUUUAAUUUUCCAAAAAAAAAUAAAUAAAUAAAUAAAAUAAAAACAAGGAGAUACUAAGUUUCCAUUUUUUUUGUUCUUUCUUAUUCUUCUCUCCUUUCUUUUGCUAAGCCACGACUUAAUUCCUUUUUCUUCUGUUUGUGCAAGGCAAACUCUGAGAAAAGAUAGAGAAGACGCCAAUGGAGGAUUACUCAGAAGAAGAGGCUGAAGAAUACAACACGUCUGAGGUAGAUUGGGGAGAAGAAGCUGACCAGGAUUGUUGGGACGAUGGAGAUGACCACACUGAAGGUCAUUGGUGCGCAGACUCUGUUCCAGAGUAUGUCCCAAACGAUGAACAAGAAUACCCAGAGGUGGAACCAGAAUCAAUGGACCAGUAUUCAACUUGCUAUGGUCCCAAAUCCCAACUCAUCUAUGAGGAUAGUUCUGAAGGGAAAUAUUAUUCUCAAGCGUGUCCUAGAAGAGAAAAGACCACCGUGGCUGCACCAUCAAGAUCUUAUCAUGGGAGUCUAUCAAGACAUGCUCACAGCACGCCAUGGAACUACAAUGGAGAUCAGUUUUAUCAGAAUCGCUUGGCUGCACCAUCUAUACAUUUUUCUGGUCAUAAGCAAGGACCAAGUGCAUAUCUAAGGUGGGAGGACGACAUGGAGCAAUGGUUUAUAGCUUGGAGAAUUCCAGAGAAGCUAAAGCUAACUUAUGCGAAGGAUACCUUAACCGGAGAGGCAUACAAUUGGUGGAGUCAGCUAGAUGCUGAUAGGAUCUAUUUCAAUGAUCCGGCUUUUACUUGGAAAGAGGUUAAGAUGCUCAUGUAUAGUGAGUUUGUGAAGAAGGCAAAAUACAUUCAGAAGGUGUCCACAAGGAGAUUAAUAAAGCACCAAGUCUUGCAACCCACAGUUCAGAGAGAAGUUGUUUCCCAAAGACAAAGUUCAAGGCCAGUGCAUCCACCUCAAGUCAAACGAAACCAAGGUGAGCACUCUAACUCUUUAAAACCAUCUGAGGUUAUUUGUUAUAGGUGUCAAGGCAAGGGCCAUCUAGCAAAGGAGUGUCCCACAAAACGAGUUGUGAAGUCAGUAGUAUCUGAAGCAAAAGAAACAAACUUGGAGGUAAGUGAUUCCGAUACUAGAAUUGAUGAUUCCUUUUCUAGAAUGGAUAAACAUAUUGAUGAUCUUAUCAACUUGAUUAAAGCUAGAUCUACUUCUGUUUCUAGUAAUUCCAUGACUGUCUUAACACACUUGUCUAGCGCCCAAAAGGUUGAAAGUAUUUCAGGUACUAACAUAGAAAUCAAGGAACAAGAGCCCAACCUUGCUGCGCAAUCAAGUCCAACACUUGAUAAGGUGAUUUCUGAACUUAAAGUGAAUAAUCUUACUUAUCAAAACACUGGUAUGAUGCACUUGCACUCUGUCCAGAAUGUUGAUGAAGGUCUAGGUAAUGAGGAGACACGUACAGAAGCUAAACAACAAGAGAAUAAUGAGCAAUCUACCCUAGAGACCUCUACACCAGCUGAUCAAGCUUUAGAGGUAGUAAAUACCAAAGCUGAAUCAAUGCAAGAUAACCAGGUAAGUGAAGCUCUAAAUCUUACUCAAUAUUAUAUUUUUGAAUCGUCCACUUCAAGUAUGAAACACUUGCUCUUGCCCAUAAGUGAUGAUUCAGAUAUAGGUACAAUGGAGAAGCAUCCAGAACCAAACUCACAACCUUACACCCAAGCAGUGGUCAAUGGAGAAACCAAUUGUGAAAUAGGAGAUUUCGAAAAGGAGACCACGAUCCUUCCAAGGGAAAUCAUAGACCGACCAUGGAAAGGGGGCAUAGCUUCCCUACUGAUCAAAGAAGAACCACCAGAUGGACAAUGCAUCACAAAACCGUGCAUAUACCAAGGUAAAUUGGUUUUGAGGACAAAACCUUUUGAAGAGGGAGGGAAUGAUGAGGACCUAAAGUCAGUAGCUGGACCACCAACUCAUGAGAUCAACCAUACAAGCUACAUUGGAGCCAGCAGCGACAUAGGUGCACUCAAAGAAGGAUAUCUUUGCAACCAUAAGGAAUUUAACCGUGAAACCAGUUUCUAUAGAUUCUCAACUCAACCAGAGCACGCAGCGAAUUGGUUUCAUACCAAAAAGAGUAAUGGUUUAGGAGAUAUGCCAGUUACAAGUCAGACUAUCUACACUGCAUCCGAAUUGGUUCUAAUUAAGGAAAGUAAUUCUUUGCUUAAGGAGUGUGCAACUCAAACUCACGUGUGGAAACCAGGAGAUUAUUCAUUACAUCUAAGAGCAGUGGGAGAGUUUCUACCAUGCACCAGCAGCCACAUGAUCAAGAUGAAUCCCUUAUUUGUCAACUUACCUUACAUGGAUGCAUUCACACUUGGAGUUAUUAAAGACCAACGGCUCUUUCCCCUUCUGUUCAGGCACGACUUAGAGACUAUCCAGACAUCAAAGGAGAUCCCACGGAUGCAUUUAUUUCUGCCCAAACUCACAAGAUACAAGGAGAGAAGACAACUUCCAUACAUGGACAGAUUCUGCACCAACUAAGUCCAACGGCUAGUUUUUUCACUUAUUAUUUCUUUCCAAGUUAUUCUUUUAGGCAUUUGUGUUCUUUUCUAUUUAAACAGAGCUAAGUCUCAUUUGUAAAUCACCCUUGCACGAAAUUAAUAAAGUAUUAUUCAGUUUA